UUGGCAAAGCCAGUUCGCACAGUUAGCUUACAACUAUGCGAGCAAUCGCCGCGAUUUUCUUCCUCGCCGCAUGUACUAAUGGCUUACGCGAAACAAAAAAUACAAAACUACUUCGCGAUGUUACAAAUUGUGUUAAACAGAAUGGCUUAUCAAAAUGUGUCGCCGCUUUCGGAGUAUGGAAGGCGGAAAGGGCUCUUGAACCGGAUGUAAAUGAGUUUAUUUGGAUUGAUUAUGUUAACCAUACCGAUGAGGAACUAUAUUCAAGAUUGUGUGAUGGUACGGAGAGACUGUUACGCUAUCGUCCAUUAACUAUGGAUCUUGGAGAUCGCUACACGCUGAAGAUGAAGUCUACAGGAAAUAACUCGCUUAAUUUCGACGUCCUAGACAAUAAAGGCGCUAACACCGGACGGACCAGCACAAAAAAAAUGACAAAGACGUUCUACCAGGCUUUGCCUUUCCUAAUUUUCCCCGGAAUAGUAAUGUCUGCUAUUCUUCCAUUUUUCUUGCCUACGCUUAAAAUGGCUACCAUGGCUACAGUAAUGCUUAAUAAUAUGGCGUUAGUCGGAGCUGUGCUCAUGCUUCUUAGAAAUAAUGCGUUUAACGACCGUAAUUAUCCGAAAAAGGUAAUCUAUCUAAAUGCUGGAUAUGGAUUUGGCUACGGUAGACCCAAAUACGAUCCUUUGGCGAACGCACCAUCAGAAAAUUUAGAUGAGGUCGUUGCACCCAAUCACGUAACUGAAUACAGUACAGAGGUAACCCACGAUACAAAGGACUACCACCUUGUAGGAGUGGAUCCCAGCACCGGUAUCUCAUAUCCAUUCAAUGAAGACUGGUUGAAAAACACACAAAAUACCCCCUCAAAGGUAAAGAACGUGCAGAUAAUUGGAGAAGUGCCCAGUAUAAAUGAUUGGCUGAAGCCCAACUUAAAAUGGCCACCUGCAAGCAACAGUUGAAGUUGCCUAGUUGUUUUAUAUUUCACUGAUUGCUAUUAAUUUUGAGUAGGCGUCUAAAAUAUUCUCUAACUUUGAUAGGUUUUUCUUUAAUCGCAUUUGGGCUACUACUUCGUGUAUUAUUACAUGAAUUUAGGAAAUUUUUAUUUCGGGACGAAAUUAAUGAAACCAUCAUGUGGCAAAGGUAGUAAUUAUCUUUUUCGUGUGAUUCGUCCUUUAUAUUUUUACUAAAAAUAUGUGUGUAAUUCCCUUUUAAUGUGUAAAUUAGUUCUUGCCUUGUAUAUUAUACUUAAAGUGUAAUAAUAUUAUUUAUAAACGUAGGAAUAAGAAGUAGUUUGUAGUAGGUAGGAAUAUAAUAAAGCAAAGACAUUAUUGUAAGCAUUAGGAUAUUUUUCCAUAAUUAUGUUCUACAAUUUCCUCGUUCUAAAUUGUUUCUCGGUAAAUAAUUUAAUGAUGUUACUAAUGAUAUGAAUAUAAUUAAGUAAAACGAUACAAUGAUUGUAAUUGUAUGCGAAUAAAGCAACAUAAUAAUU